AAACUGCACAGGGCGGUACAAUCUGAAUGAGUUAAGGUGAGCUCCCCAACCAAAUUCUCGACUUGCGGAAGUUAUUGCGAUUCAGCCAGAGGGAAAGGUUGGACCUGAAAAACAACCAGAUAAUAGCAAUAGCGGAGACAAUAAUGAUUCGUAACAAGGAUUUGACUGCUGAGAAACAGGCGUGGCUUUUGAAUGCUGUAAGAGCACGGAAGCUCACUCUUGGCCGGGGCAUCGAGGAAACGGAUAAACCCCUAACCAGGAUGGACGUGUCGACUGGAAACAGCAGUUCCAUGCAUCAGCUUAGCAAUGAUGAACAGCUCAGGCUACUCAAUGCAGUAAAGAACCGAGAGCUCACCAUUGAUGAAGCCUGGCAAGUUGCUCAGAGUGGUAAACCAGCAUUUCAGGAACCAGGCAAACCAGAUAAAAUACCUGAAAAUGCACAGUACAACUUUUCUGUCUACAAAUAUAAUCGAUACAGAUGGCAAAAGAGAGUGCUGAUGAUUGAAUAUAAUUCAAGGAUUUUGUGUAACAUUGAGAAAGGUAUUAUUAAGAAACAGUUUCCAUUUAAAUGCAUCAAAUCAUGUGAACAUAUUGAAGGACAGAAGAUCAGCAUUUCCUUUUUAGAACACCAUGAUUAUGAACUUGAAGCGACUUCUGCUGAAGAUAGAGUAAAGAUCAUUCAGCUUCUGAACCAAAUCAUUAAAAAUAACAUUUAUGAGUCAUAUCCGAGACAGGAGAGUGCCAAUAACACCCCACAGGGCGAGACAGGAAUCAUAAAAGAGGGUCAAUUAGAAUUGCAGAAAGGAGGCCUUGCUUCAGUAAAAUGGAACAGAUACAGUGUGCAAUUGCGUAAAGGUGAGUUAUCUUUUCAGCGCCUUAAUCUUGGUGAAGUGAGUGAGCAGCUGAAUUUGACUCCAAAUGUGAUCUAUUUCUCGGAUGGUAACGCAAGUGUACACAAGGAUGUGGCAAGUGGGUCCUUCACUGUGAUCACAAAGAAAAACUGCUACUUAUUUCGAAUACCAUUUACUGACCAGAUAAGAAGUACAGAAGAUGUAACAAGAUGCCAGAAUGAUUGGAUUGAUGCUAUCGAUAAGUGCUGUUUGCACUGGAAACGUUUAUCGCAAGCACAGCUUGUUGCAGAAAACAAUCUAAUUGAGGUUAUACAGGAUAUAUCAUUCCCAAAGGAACCCGCUGAUCAAACUGUGUUAAAGCAACUUGAUUUACCUACAAACUCAAGCCAGGAAGAGAAAAAAGAACAAAAAGAGGAUGGAAGAAAAGAGGCAGAGGAUGACGAAGGAAACAAACUUGCAUCUCCAAUUACAAAAGUGGCUUCAGGAUCGCCUUUGGAAACAAUUGUUCUUCCCCCUGUAACCCAAAGCCUUCCAGCUGCUACUCCAUCACUGCUUUCUCUGUCAGCAUCACCUGCUUCUGUACCACCUCCACUUCCAAAGAAGAAAUCAACUGGAGGAAUAAAAAAGACGAAAGCGUUCCAUUGGGAUGUCAUUGCCCCCGACAAGAUUCCAAAAUCUAUUUGGGGACAAAGCAAUGCGGCAAAGAUACAAUUGUAUUGCCCAAAGCUUCUUGAGCAGUUUUCUGUGCAAGAGGUCCAGGUGCACUCAGCUAAUGACUUUUCAACCCAUCAACAAAUUCUUCUCAAUCAAAAGGUUGCUCACAACUUCAACAUUUUCCUGAAAAGCUUUCCUGUCAAAGUGACUGAGCUGAGGGGGAAAUUCCUCAUAAUACAAGAAGAAAAUGGUGGAUUGACAAAUGAACAGAUUGCUUCUUUGCGGAGGUAUGUUCCCACAGCGGAUGAUGUUGAAAAAUAUAAAAUGUAUAAAGGAUCUCCGGCUGACCUUCAUAUUGUUGAUCAAUAUAUGAUGGAGAUGUGCAACGUUUCCUGUCUGAGUCACAGACUGGAUCUAAUCCUUAGCAUACGUGAAUUUCCAGAAACCAUUGAUGACCUUUUGCCGCUGAUCAUGCAGAAAAUCAGAGCAUGUACUCAAUUGCUGGAGAGUAAGUUGUUUGUUGUAGUGCUUGAGUAUCUCCUCGCCAUUGGAAACUUCCUGAACACACAUGCUGGCAAAAAAGAGGCAAAAGGAUUUUGUCUUUCCUCUCUGACAAAGGUGGUCCAGUUACGAGGGAAGGACAGAAAGUUCACCUUACUUCAUGCUCUUGUGGAACAGGUAAUUUCACAGGACCCAGCCUUAGCAAAGUUUCCCCAAGAGCUUACAGAAUUUGAAGACGUACCUGGAGAUUCCAUUAAAGGUUUGAUUGCUGAGGUCGAUGUACUGAAGAAUGAGUUGGUAAAAAUUCGUCUGCACACAAAAGUGUUCAAAUCCAAGAACAAGAUGAGCCCAGAUGCACAGUUCUACAAAGGGCUAAAGGACAUAAUUCAAAAAUACGAAGCUAAGUUGUCAGACUUGACCAAACGAUGUGAUGAAAUGAAGAGGCUCUACAAUUCCAUCUUGGUUAAGUUUGGGGAGCCACAGAAUCGAGAUUCACAGGAGAUGUUUGGAUGGAUCUCGUCCUUCAUUAAGGAUUUUAGGAGAGUUGUCACAGAACGAAGAAACAGCUCAAAAAUAAUGUGAAACCCUGUAAACCCAAAACCUUCUGGGCUUUUCCUAUUUCACAAUUGAGAAGGAAAUGUACUUCAGAUUUUCUCUAGAUUAAUGUCUUAAAUUCUCUGUUUUGUACAUCAGAGCUCCUUGCACUGCAGAUGAAAUCAAUACUUGUGUACCAAAGAUUAGCACAUGCUAGUCUGCAAACUGAACAUAUUCAUAUUCCUUUCAGGUAUUAAUUUUCACUCCAUUUAAUUUAGCUCUCUCAAUGCCUUAGCUGAAAAUGUGU